AUGUCGAGCAUUCAGCCAGAAGCGCCUGCGGACAUUGCAGCGACAAGGUCCAGCGCAGUCUCGGCGGCGACAGAAAGUCGCAAGGUAUCGUUUCAGCAAACAUCAGCAUCAGUUCCGAGCAGAUCUUCGUCAUCCGCACACCUUUCAUCCUCCAGCGCGUCGAGAUCUGCAGUUGCAUUAUCGAGCUCGCAAUCCUACUCUUCUGCAUACUCUAGCGCGACUCGACGGCACUCGCUCUUCGGCACCGAAGACAGGAUCAUCCUCGACAUUGGCAGCAGAUACUCCAAGUUUGGCUUCAGUGGCGAACCUCGACCACGCGCCAUCGUCCCUUCGGUCAGCUUUUCGCAACCGUCCACGUCCUAUCUGCACCUCGAUAAAUCAGAUUGCAACACAGAUCCGUACAAGGUCGGCGAGACACUUUGGGAUCUGGACUCGGAGCUAUGUGCCGAUGAUCAGCUGCGUCGGGCCAAGCGUGCAACUGUGCUUGCACAGCUCACGCAGCUGCUCCGCACUGCCUUUAUCCAGCAUCUUAUGGUAGAUCCCAAGCAGAGAAAGGUGCUUGUGGUCGAGAACCCGAUGCUGUCCAGCUCGAUCCAAGAGAUGAUCUGUCAGGUGCUAUUCAACAACCUGCAGGUGCCAUCGGUAUCCUUCGUUCCUGCACCACUAUUGAGCCUGUUGGCGGUUGGAUGCAUCACAGGUCUCGUUGUCGAAGUUGGCUAUCUCGAGGCUACGCUCAUGCCAGUGUACUAUGGGAGACCACUGAUGAGUCACGUGGCGUCAACGUCUCGAGCGGGAAGACGGCUCAACGCGAGGUUGAGGCAUCUGCUUUUGCGACACGGCAAGUUUGUCGCUGCACAGGUCAGCCUGCAGGAUUCUUCAAAGUCACUUCGAGAGAGAACACAUGCUAUCGACCCUUCACUGCUUACUGACGAUCGACUCGACCAGAUCAAGGCGAAAGCGCUGUUCGUCAGCUCAUAUGAUCCGAACCUCAGUGGUCUCGAGGAUUUGUUCUCAGAACUAGAACUCGAAUCAUCUGAGGCUACCUCAAGGUUGGCAGACCAGACAGCAAACUUAGCCGCUUCUACCAUUCGCCAAAAGUAUUUGUCUGCUUCGACAGCCACGCCGUUUACGUUUGCAAUUGCACCGGACUCGGUCGAUCCGAACGGCACCGCCUCCCUGCUUCAGAGCAUCUCGGCACCGCCUUCCUCAUCAUCGUCCGCCUUGUCCGGCGCUUCUCGAAAGGCACAAGUGUCUGGCGUCAUCGCGAUACCCGGUUGGGUGCGUGAGCGUGCAGCCGAGCUUCUAUUCGAACAAGGCACUCAGGAUGAUCCUAGUUUGAUUGACAUGACGGUUUCGGCCAUGUCAAAGCUUCCGAUCGACCUACGUCGCGUCAUGUGCGAAAACAUUCUGGUUUCAGGUGGAACAGCGAUGUUGCCUGGAUUCGCAAAUCGGUUUCGGACGCAAUUGGCCAUGGCUAUUGAGAAAGCGGAGCAGACAAGAGGGCGACUGUCAAUCGACAAAUACGUGGGCCAUCGUCUCAAAACUCCAGGCAAAGGCGAAAAAACUUCAAGCGAAGGGCGAGAUAUCGUGCAGCGAACGAGCCUGCAUGGGUCAGUGGCGGUGUUAAAUGAUCCCUGGCCCGAAAUUUCACCACCCAAUCAAGGGGGCAAGAACGACAAGAAGACUGCUACAGGUGGAUCUGCGCCCGCGUUUGCGGCGAACCUGCUACCAUGGAUGGGUGCAUCAUUAGCAGGCGCUCUGAAGACGACUCCGCUCACUGCAAUCUCGCGCGAAAUGUAUGACGAAGCGACGAAGCAGACUCAGGACAAGGAGGCAGCAACGGAGGACACGACGGAAAAGCAAGAAGAGAAGAACAAGCAACCAAAAAGGCCGGCGAUGGCAGGAGGUAGCAAGCGAGGCUCGUUCGUUGGCGUUGUGGGUGGUCUAGAAACGGGCGCUUAUGGUGGUCUCGCGGCGGUGAGCCGACAUCUGAUCGGCGUAUCCGGCGCGGCGACAGGCAGUGCAAGUACAACCAAAGGCACGACUGCGGCUAGCAUGGCCCAAAGUGAAGCAGAUUGA